AUCGCCUUUAUCGACAUUAUCGUUGAUUUUUCUUAUUAAUUUAUUUUUUUCAUUCUUUUUAAGUAAAUAUUUUAAUAACGAUUACAACUUGACAAGCAAUGAAUUUCGCUAAUAAUCAAGUAAUCAUCAAAGAUACGUCCGCAAUAUUAUAGUAUUUUUAUAUUAUAUAAAUAUUUAAAGGAAAAAUAAAAAUGGAACCGAUGGUCCGACCCGCCCGUCCCGCGAGUUGGAACCGCCAGAACCGCCUCAUGAACCGCCAAGGAACCGUUUGGAACCGUCCGAAACCGGAACCGGAACCGGAACCGUUCGCGACAGGUUCCAAAUGGAACCGGAACCGGGUGGAACCGGAACCGGAUGGAACUGGAACGAAACCGGCCCAACCCGGACCGUGGCCAUGCCUAGCCCUAACUAAUUAUAUACAAAAAAAUUAUGAUGUUGUGAAAGGAUAAAGUAUAUGCAUUAAAAUUUAAUAUAUAGUAUAAAAUCAGAUGACAAUACUCUUGUGAGCAUUUUUCGAUGCAAAAUAAAUAAUAAUAGUGUCCAAAUCAAGAGAUUUAGACAUAUUUUUCUUAAUGCGCAACAUAGCAAGACUGUUCAAGCGUUCUUGUAAAAUUGAAGAUUUUAAGUAAUAUUUUAAUAUCUUUGACUUUGAAAAACUCUUAUCGGCUGAUGUGACGGUGACAGAAACAGUUAAUAAGAUUCGAAAGGCAAUUAAAAUAUUGGAAAAACAAUCAGUUUCUUUGACAAACUCCAAAAUAUUAAUAGCUGUUAUUAACCCAUCCAACAAACUCUUGGAGAUGAAUUACUCGUGUGUUUUAUUGUAAAGCAAAUAUGGGGCCUUUGUUUUAGGCGGUUUUCUCAAUUUUGAGGGUGGGCCCAUCUUGCUCCUUACUAGGCUGGCCUUGGUGAUGAUUUUGUCUAAAAAGGAAUUUUUGACAUUGUUGAGUGAAAAAAAAAAAAAAAAUUAAAUAAACGAAUUUUUAAUAAAAUUCCAAAAGUAAGCGUCCAAACCCCAAAGCUGUGCUUUGGAGCUGUUCGCAGUUACUAACUGCGAACAGCAUAUAAGACAAACUAGCUGUUCGCAGUUACUAACUGCGAACAGACCUAAUCUACAAAAUCAGAUCAGUUUCUGUUUUUCGCAAAAUCCCAUUUCUCAAACCCUACUUCACUCGACAUUUCCACCUUCUCCCUCUAAAACCAUUGAUUCAUUUCAUCAAAUCGUGCAAUCCUCUUUGAAUUUGGCACUUCAAAAUUAGUGUGAGAUACUAUAGCUUGCGCAAAGGUUUCUAGUUGUUAAAUCAAGACUAAUCUUAAUCAUCCAUAAGCAUUGAAGAGCGCAUACAUAAUGAUAGUGCUCGUUGGCUUAGUUGGGAACAUAGCCUAAGAAUCGCAACUGAAGCUGCUAAUGCAAUCACUUAUCUUCAGUCUGCGGCCUCAAUGCCCAUUAUUCAUAGAGAUAUCAAGUCAUUCAACAUUCUUUCGGAUGAUAAUUUCACAGCCAAAAUAGUGGAUUUUGGAGUGUCAAGACUGGUUCCCAUUGAUCAAUCUCAAGUUAUACUCUAGUUCAAGGCAUGUUUGGUUAUCUUGAUCCAGAGUACUUUCUGACAAGUCAUUUGUCGGAGAAGAGUGAUGUAUACAGUUUUGGUGUCAUUUUGGUGGAACUUUUAACAAAGAAAAAACCGAUUUCGUGGGAAACUGGGAUGGAAGAUAGAAACUUGGCAAUGCAUUUCAUCAGUUCAAUGAAGGGCAAUCGAUUAUUUGAGAUUAUCGAGCCUGAAAUAAUGAAGGAAGCCUCUGAGGAGCAGUUUAUAACCAUGGCAAAAUUGAUUGAACAAUGCCUUAGUGUAAAAGGGGAAGAUAGGCCUUCUAUGAAGGAUGUUGCAAAAGAGUUAGAAGGAUUGACGAAGCAGGUAAAGCAUCAUUCGUAUAAUCAAGGAAACAUUGACAACAAUGGGUUGCUAUGUGAACAUAGGCAACCUUCUGUUCAUCCGUUAAUAGAUCAGUUAUCAUCUCGGCAGCUAACUUUUGAGAAUGAUUUGAUUAUCGAGAUGUGCUCUCCUCGGUAACUAAUCAAGGAAUCUUUUUACUUAAAAGUGUAAUAUUAGUUUCAGGAACAUAAAUUCAGCUUCUUUGUUUUAAGGGUUUCUAUCUACUCUUGAAUAUGGGGAUGUAAUCCUCAUGAACAUGAGUUUCAGAAAAAUUUGUCUCAUAAUAUGUUUAUGUUGUUGUAGGUUUUAUGCCAAUUUAAUCUCUUACUAUUGCACCAUUUUUCAUGUAUAUUUUUUUUUUAGUCUUUUUCAUUCUUUGAACCCUUCUGAUGAUAUUUAUGCUAAUUACACUAGGGAGACCAAGACAGAGAGAAACCGAGACCUGUGAAAGAGAGUGAGUAAUUUAAUUUUAUAGGGUUAAAAUUUAGUAGAGCGUAGAGGUGUUCAAAAUAAACCUGAUUAUCCAAUAUUCACCCAACCCUGUAAUUGAACCCGAUUUGACCCAACUUGAAAAUAUAAUUUAUAAUUAUGUAAAAACCAAUGUAGACAUAAAAUCUAAUUUUAAACCGACUUGAAAUACUGACCCAAAAUCAACCCGAUAACCCGAAUGAACACUUCUAGUAGAGUGGAUGGUCAACUUUUUUCUUUGUUCUUAGUUUUGUUCUAAGGGUUUUCAUCCCCGAACCCCGUGUAGAUGAGACUUAAUGACAUUCAAGUAAAUAAUAUUUUUUAGUCCAUACAAAACUUUCACCCUUUAUCCAAAAAAUAAAUUGCUAAAUAUUCCAUUUUUGUAUGUCUUUUAUUUUGCUGGUAAAAGAACCAUACUCUCCCCUAAUCUGAUUCAUUAAUUCACUAUCUCUCUUCAUAUAAUUCACAUACUCAUUUCAUGGUUACACCCACUUGUUUUUUUAUGUAUGUAUUUCUUCCAUUAGCUUAUAAGUUAGGAAAAAUUACAAAUUGAAGAAACUAGUAGGAAAUCAAAGCAUAUUGACAAAGCAUUGGUCAACUCUAAUUUUCCAUAUAAAUCUUUGUUAAGAGUAUAUAAAAAAAAAAUGGCAUGUGGUGGGACCGUGGGACUUGCACAUCACUGUGUUCUAUCAGUUUCCUUAUUUUAUGAGGAUCAACUUGCCUGUGGGAUUCCAUUUUUAUAAUUAGCUGUCUAUAUUGACCAAGUGGUUCUGAACUCUGACCAUGAACUAUCUACAUCUUCUUUGGUAUAUACCUUCAUUGAUGUUUCCUUCCUACAUAAACUUUUGAGAAAAUGUUUCACCCCUUAUUUCAGAUCAUCAUAUUCGCACUAAUCGUCCAGGGGCACGCAUUACAGUUCGCUUCUGAUCCACCCAUUGCAAAACCUGGUUGUCAAGAUUUAUGUGGGAAUAUCAGUAUUCCCUACCCUUUUGGUAUAGGCAAAGAUUGCUACCACAGCCUACCAUACGCAGUUACUUGCAAUACGUCUUUAUCUCAUCCACAACUUAUUCUAAAUAAGUUAAAUGUCGAAGUAGAAGAAAUUAGUCUCGAUUCGUUAGAUACACACACUAUAGCAGUAAAUAUACCGCUGCAGAGGACCUGCAGUAUUCAAGAUGUAAAUAUAAGCAGCAUCAAUCUUAGAGGCUCUCCUUACGCGUUCUCUGGGGUAUUUAAUUCCUUGUUUGUCGGGGGCUGUGGAAGUAGCGCUCUUUUAUUGGGUAAAGGAAAUAAGAUCCAAGGCGGGUGUACGACAGCUUGUGAUAAGAGUCAUACUCUAACUAAUAACUGUAAUGGCCGCGGCUGUUGCAGUAUUCCACUUCCUGCUUCACUUGACUUUUAUCGUGUUAACAUUUUCAACUUUGGUAAUAAUGGGACAAAUAAGUGCGCGAGUAUCAAGUUGAUGAAUAUGAGUUUAAGUGCCAAUAAGGUUGUUGAUCCAAAUCUGAUCGAGUUAGCUGUUGUUUCGGCUGUGCUGGAAUGGAAGCCUGGAGACAGUACAAUGCCUUCUGAUGACCCAAACGUGUACUGUUAUCCGGUUGCUGAUCCUCCUGGGAAUUAUAAUUGUUACUGUAAAAGUGGCUAUUAUGGAAAUCCUUAUCUUCCUUUUGGAUGCCAAGUUCCGAAAGAAUGUAAGGGAUGCAAACAUGGGUGCUCCAAAGAAGGAAAUGGCUAUCAGUGUAUGAGCCACGAUAAUCAUAAUCCUUAUACGAGGCUGAUCAUUUUGGUGGUUGUUGGGGGUUCGAUUGGUGGCUUAAUGCUGUUGUCUGGCAACAUAAGCUGCAUAUACCUUUUUAUCAAGAAACGUAGGCAUAUCAAAAUGAAGGAGAAAUUCUUCCAGCAAAAUGGUGGGUUUUUGUUGAAGCAACGACUUGCUUUGAACCAAGGCAGCAAUGAUUCGACAAAAAUUUAUACCACUCGAGAGUUGAGGGAAGCCACCAACAAUUAUAGCAAGCAUAAUAUUCUAGGACGAGGUGCUUUUGGUACGGUAUAUAAGGGAAUUUUACCUAAUAAUAAAGUUGUCGCGAUAAAAAAAUCCAAGGUAAGUGAUGAGAGUCAAGUUGAAACAUUCAUCAAUGAGGUUGUCAUCCUAACACAGAUUAACCACCGAAAUGUGGUAAAAUUAUUGGGAUGUUGCUUGGAAACGGAAGUGCCCUUGUUAGUUUAUGAAUUUGUCCCGAAUGGUAAUCUCUUUGAUCACAUACACAAUGAUGGUUCGUGUUGGCUCACUUGGGAACAUAGUCUAAGAAUCGCAACUGAGGCUGCUAACGCAAUUGCUUAUCUUCACUCUGCAGCUUCAAUGCCUAUAAUUCAUAGAGAUAUCAAGUCGUCCAACAUUCUGUUGGACGAUAAUUACACUGCCAAAAUAGCAGAUUUUGGAGUGUCGAGAUUAGUCCCUAUUGAUCAAUCGCAAAUUACGACUCUAGUUCAAGGCACAUUUGGGUAUCUCGAUCCAGAGUACUUUCUGACUAGUCAUCUGUCCGAAAAGAGUGAUGUAUACAGUUUCGGAGUAGUUUUGGUAGAGCUUAUAACGAGGAAAAAGCCAAUAUCUUGGGACACAGGACUGGAAGAUAGAAACUUAGCCAUGCAUUUCAUUAGUUCAAUAAAGGGCAAUCAGUUUUUAGACAUCGUUGAGCCUCAACUUUUAAAGGAAGCAUCACAGGAGCAGCUCAUCGCCAUUGCAAGACUUAUCGAACAAUGCCUUAGCGUAAAGGGAGAAGAUAGGCCAUCCAUGAAAGACGUUGCAAGGGAGUUAGAAGGAUUGCAGAAGAAAGUAACGCACCCUCGGUCUAAUCAAGGCAACGCCAGUAAUAACUGUUUACCAAGUCAUAUUGCUGGCCCUUGUAUUCAGUUCUUCCAAGACGAGUAUUCUUCUCGACAAUUAAAUUUUGAGAAGGAUUUGAUCAUCGAGAUGAGUUCUCCUCGUUAGCCCAUCGAGGAAUUCCUUUCGUACAAAAUGUAAAAAUAGUAUUUUCAGUUCAAUAUCUUGUGUCAGAAAUUAACUAGAACAGAAAUGCAUCAGUAUUUUCAGUUCUAUCAGGUAGUUUUUCUGAUUCUUGUAGCUUCCUUUGUUGGAUGUAUAUGCAUUCCCCUUUUUCAGCUU